AUGGCGGUAACAAGAGAAGGUGAGACAGAGUCUUCACAGUUUACACCAAUUACUGAUCCAUCAAACACAAAAGAGUUCUCCGGAACACUUCAGUCUUUUGCUGAUAGUGAGAAAGUACAACUUUCUGUGUUCUCCCAAACACUUCAAACACCCGUUGCUUCUGAUAGAAGGCGCGAUUGGGUACUUAAUGUGCCCGAACCACCAGGACUGUUAUCUAAUCUGAAAACUUCAUUCAAAAAAACACUACUCUGUCCUCUUGAAAACAAGAUUCAAUGCCUUGGAAAGCAUCCUGUUUCUGCACUCGUUUCGAUUCUGAACGUUAUAUUUCCACCACUUUCUUGGUGUAAAGAAUAUAAUGUCACAAAAUUCAGAAGGGACAUCUUGGCUGGUUUAACUCUUGCAAGCCUUUGCAUCCCUCAGAGCAUUGGCUACGCGACUCUUGCAAAACUUGAUCCUCAAUAUGGCCUGUACACAAGUGUUAUUCCGCCGCUUAUCUAUGCUAUGAUGGGGAGUUCAAGAGAUAUAGCAAUUGGACCAGUUGCUGUUGUUUCAUUACUCUUGUCCUCAAUGGUUCCGAAACUUGAAGAUCCUACUACUAAUCCAAUUGCAUAUCGAAAACUCGUGCUCACUGUUACCUUCUUUGCCGGUGUUUUUCAAGCUGCUUUUGGACUACUUAGGUUGGGAUUUUUGGUUGAUUUUCUGUCACAUGCUGCUAUUGUUGGUUUUAUGGCUGGUGCUGCUUGUGUCAUUGGACUACAACAGCUCAAAUCACUGCUUGGGAUUUCAAAUUUUACAAACAACACAGAUAUUAUCUCUGUCUUGGCUUCUAUUUGCAAAUCAAUCAACACUUUGAAUCUUCAUAGCUUUAUAAUUGGGAGUUCAUUUCUGAUCUUCAUCCUUUCUACCAAGUACUAUCUGGCAAGAAAGUACAAGAAACUGUUCUGGUUAGCCGCAAUGGCACCACUGCUGUCUGUAAUAAUGUCAACAUUACUAGUUUUCUUGACAAGAGCAGAUAAACAUGGAGUUAAGAUAGUGAAACACAUCACUGGAGGGUUGAACCCAAGUUCACUCCAUGAGUUGCAAUUCAAUAGUCCACAUACUGCUGAAGCUGCCAAAAUUGGGCUAAUUGUUGCACUUGUCGCACUCACGGAAGCUAUUGCAGUUGGACGAUCAUUUGCAACUAUGAAAGGAUACCGUCUUGAUGGAAACAAAGAAAUGUUGGCAAUGGGUGUUAUGAACAUUACUGGAUCAUUAACUUCUUGUUAUGUUGCAACUGGGUCAUUCUCAAGAACAGCAGUGAAUUUCAGUGCUGGUUGUGAAACAGCAGUGUCGAACAUAGUGAUGGCUAUAACAGUGCUAAUAUCACUUGAAUUUUGCACUAGGCUAUUGUACUUCACUCCAGUAGCCAUAUUAGCUUCUAUUAUUCUGUCUGCUUUGCCUGGACUCAUCAACAUAAGUGAAGCAAAAUACAUAUGGAAAAUUGAUAAGAUGGAUUUUCUUGCUUGUGCUGCUGCUUUUCUUGGUGUUCUUUUUGUAUCUGUUGAGAUUGGCCUUCUACUUGCGGUUGGUAUAUCAUUUGCAAAGAUAAUUUUGAACUCAAUCCAGCCUGGGACAGAAAAACUAGGAAGGCUUCCAGGAAGUGAUUUGUUUGGAGAUAUGGAACAAUAUCCCAUAGCUACAACAACUCCUGGGGCUCUUAUUGUUAGAGUCAAAUCUGCUUUGCUUUGUUUUGCAAAUGCAAACUUUAUUAGAGGAAGGAUAUUAAACUUGGCACUGGAAGAACAAGAUACAGGUGCCAUAGAAAGUGCUAAUCACAAUAGAGUGCAACUAGUUAUUCUUGACAUGUCAAAUUUGCUCAACAUUGACACAUCUAGCAUAGCUGCUCUUGAGGACCUGCAGAAUGACCUAGAAUCAAAUGGAAUGCAGUUGGCACUAGCUAACCCAAGGUGGCAUGUGAUACACAAAUUAAGGCUAGCCAAUUUUUUGAAGAAAAUUGAAGGGAGGAUCUUUUUGACCAUUGGUGAAGCCAUUGAGGCGUGUUUGACUAGUAAGAACAUGCUUCCUAUUUGA